GAAGUCUCAUGCAGCUCGCGUUGUGAAUUUGUGAUUACUACCUGCCGUGUUUCUUCAAUAGCGGUAUCAAGAAUUGUACAUUUUUGCUGCAGCACGCAUUUUGUUAAUUGUUACGUCACCUUGUACCGUAUAUCAACAUGGGAAACGUUUUAGCUGCCUCAAAAUCGAUAACUGCCGGCGGUCUCCCACCACCUUUACCAGUGGAACCCAUCCUCGCUAGUAGCAAAUCAGAGACCGAAAAGCCCCUUGAAAAUCCAGGAUCCCUAGAAGAGCUGCAUAAGAAGUGUAAAGAUGUGAUGCCUGCUAACUUUGAAGGAGCCAAACUGAUGAUCAACAAGGGUCUUAGUAAUCACUUCCAAGUAUCGCACACGAUCAACCUCACCUCCACCAAUACGAGUGGGUAUCGGUUUGGUGCAACUUACGUUGGCACCAAGCAGCUUUCUCCCACGGAAGCAUUCCCAGUCAUUCUUGGAGAUAUCGACCCGGCUGGUAAUCUGAAUGCUAACAUUAUCCAUCAGUUAAGCCCGAAUAUACGUUGCAAGUUCGCUUCACAAAUCCAAAACAACAAAGUCACUGCCGCGCAGUUAGCCACAGAUUAUAAGGGACAGGAUUUUACCGCUACAUUGACAGUAGGCAAUCCAAAUAUCAUUAACAAUUCUGGUGUGUUAGUAGCUCACUAUCUCCAAGCGGUUACAAACCGACUUUCUUUAGGAGGUGAAUUAGCUUACCAAUACGGUGCAGCAGUUCCUGGCGGCCAGAUAGCUGUAGUAUCAGCAGCAGCUCGAUACGCAACCGAAUCGUCUACCUGGUCCGGUACGGUUGGUUUGGCGGGGAUUCACCUUUGCUAUUAUCAAAAAGCAAGCGAGCAGCUGCAGCUUGGCGUGGAAGUAGAAACUAGUUUUCGAAUGCAAGAGUCGGUAGCAACACUCGGCUACCAGAUCGAUCUACCCAAGUCCGAACUCGUGUUUCGUGGUAUGGUUGACACCAACUGGUCAGUGGCAGCCGUGCUAGAGAAAAAACUUCAACCGCUGCCAUUUACUUUCGCCCUCAGUGGAAUACUCAAUCAUACCAAAAAUCAAUUCCGGUUGGGUUGUGGGUUAAUAAUUGGCUAAAUUUGAAAUCAUUUUCAACAGAACUAAGAAAAACGGUGCAAAGAUGAAGCAUUUCAUUUCUACGAUCACAGAAAUAUUUACUUUUUGGCAUAAACUUAAAGAAGCUUGAAAAAUAUUGGAAAAAGAGAAAUUAUUGUCGGUUAUGCAUUAAAUAAACCAAUCCACAAGUUUCCCAAAACAAUAGUUGAAAAGUAUGACAAAAAUCUGAAAUAAAGAAUAAGUGAUUCAAUCAUUACUCCGUUUCUGGCGACUACAUUUUUCGAAACGCUUGAUUUGUACCAUUAGUCAUUACUUGUUAAGAUUCCCUAAUAGCUUUUCCAUAAAUACUACAAAUAAACCGGGUAAUACACACUGGCGAUUUCGAACUGAACCCUUAUUAAA